AUGAAUGUAAAAUUGCGAAAAUCCACACUAUUUGCAUGGGGAAUCAUAAUACCACUUCUCACUGCAGCUGUCAUCAUAUUCGGUAGCUUGUAUAUAAUUGCAAGAACAAAGUUUGAGAAACACAAGGAUACUAUCCAAUCUCCUGGUCAUGACGAUCUAAGUGUAUGCAAAAGGAAAUUCGACGUACCUCCAUUGCUCAUCAUCAGUUCCGAUGGUUUCCGGGAUAAUUAUUUGGAUAAAAAUAUCACACCAACAAUCCAGCGUUUAAUAAAUUAUGGUACCCAUAGCAAAUAUAUGUUACCAACAUUUCCUUCUAAGACUUUCCCAAAUCACUAUACUAUAGCAACGGGACUUUAUCCCGCUUGGCAUGGUAUCAUUGAUAAUCGUUUUUACGACACACGAUUUAAGGACUUUUUCAAGAAAAAUAUCAAUCAACCUGGUUGGUAUCUCGGGGAACCGAUAUGGGAAACAGCACAAAAAGCUGGUCUCAUGUCAGCUGUAUUUUUUUGGCCUGGAAGUAAUGCAGUUGGAAAACUGCCCAACUACUGGAUUAGAUACAAUAGCUCUGUACCACUCACACAUCGCAUUGAUACGCUAAUCAAAUGGUUGAAUCUGCCGGAUGGUGAACGACCAUCAGUUCUCCAGGCAUAUUUUGAAGAACCGGAUUAUGCCGGACAUAGAGGUGGACCGAAUUCUCAAAUGGUUCGGACAGCGUUAAUCUUAAUGGAUGGAAUAAUUAACUAUUUAAUAAAUCGAUUGUCUCAAGAAGGUCUCAUGGGCUGCAUUAAUUUCGUUUUACUUUCUGAUCACGGUAUGCAAUCAAUGGACAAGGAAAAAUCUGUGGUUACUGCUAAUUACCUAGGACCUCAAUUCAAUGACCUGUUUUUUCCUGGCGUGGUAGCUCGAAUAAAAGUCAACCAGACCGAUCAUUCAUUUCAGAACGAUGAAGAUAACAUUGUCAAUAAUAUAAUAUCGAAUUUGGAGUGUCGGCAUGGAAAUAAUUAUUUAGCGUACAGAAAGGAUUUGGUUCCGAUAAGGUUUCAUUAUGCUGGUUCAUCAAGAAUAGGCGAUAUUGUCAUCAAAGGUCGUCCAGGAGUGUGCAUUUUCCAGACAGAUGAGGAAAAAGAAUCAUACAAACUUCUCGGUGACCACGGAUAUGAUAACCGGAUUACCAGCAUGCGAGCCACCUUCAUUGCUGUCGGUCCUGAUAUUGCGCAAAAUCGGGAGAUCAGUAACUUCCAAAACAUUGAACUUUACAAUUUAUUCGCAUAUUUAUUACGAAUUGAUGCCGCGCCAAAUAAUGGAACUAACGGUACUCUGUUCAACGUACUUCGUUCUCCACCACCUAUACCGAUAACAGCUGUUGAUCGUCUAUCAGAUCAAUGCAUUGAUAAGAUAAUCAUGAAAACAUGUGGUUUUUUACAUGACUGUCCGUUCACGAAUGUCACCUAUCAGAACUGUCCGACGAUAUUGCACAGCUCUGUCAGUGCUAAUUAUCAUUUUACCGGCGAACUCUGCAGAUUACAGCUAUGUGAUGCAAUUAUACAUUUCGACAAGAAGUUGCGAAAAACAGUUAUGGUGGAAGGUAUCUUGAGGCAUACUGCUUGGAUGGAAGAGAUAAAAGGGAAUUGUGUGACUUAUAUUGAUAAUGUCACACAAACUAAUUCAUGUCACACUCCAAAGAAUAAAAAUUACUCGUCUAUUUCGCUAUUCGGAAAUCUUGAUCAUUAUUAUACGCUCGAUCUGGCUCGAGUAACUGUGCCUCAAGCUUUUAUUGAUGGAACAUGGCAAUACGUUUUAAAUGAAACAGCUGAAUAUCUGGCCAAGUAUGGCAACUUACGGUUUUUCUCUGGUGCAGUAUAUGAUCAAGACGGGGAUGGGGUACGCGACAGUGACGAUCUCAUUGGGAAAAGUGAUCCGUCGCACUUGUUCUUCGUGCUCAUGUGGUGCGAAAAUCGCGCACUGAUUGAUCAUACUUUAUGCAAGGAUAUCGUCUUCGUCCCUUAUAUAUUACCUUUUAAAGGCAAAAAUUUGAACUGCUUGAAACCUUCGGAGUAUCUCUAUGACAACACAGCUCGAAUGCGCGAUAUCGAACUAUUAACCGGAAUGGAAUUUUUCACUGAUCGAAGUAUUUGGUCAGAUGCGGAAGCAAUCCAAUUACGAACCUCGUUACCGGAAAUAAAGCGGUCAACAUGAUAAUAUGUGACGUUAAUCAGUAAGUAC